GCCAAGGCAUUGCAAAUGUCCAACAGCAGCUCCAUCAGGCACUUCUUCCUGCUGGCAUUGGCAGACACGCGGCAGCUGCAGCUCCUGCACUUCUGCCUCUUGCUGGGCAUCUCCCUGGCUGCUCUCCUAGGCAACAGCCUCAUCAUCAGUGCCAUAGUCUGCGGCCACCACCUGCACACACCCAUGUUCUUCUUCCUGCUCAACCUGGCCCUCGCUGAUCUGGGCUCCAUCUGCACCACUGUCCCCAAAGCUAUGCACAAUUCCCUCUGGGACACCAGGAACAUCUCCUACUCAGGAUGUGCUGCACAGGUGUUUUUCUUUAUGUUUUUCAUCACAGCAGAAUUUUAUCUGCUGACCGUCAUGAGCUACGACCGCUACGUGUCCAUCUGCAAACCCCUGCACUAUGGGACCCUCCUGGGCAGCAGAGCUUGUGCCCACAUGGCAGCAGCUGCCUGGGCCAGUGUCUUUCUCUAUUCACUGUUGCACACGGCCAGUACAUUUUCUCUGCCCCUGUGCCAUGGCAAUGCCCUGGGCCAGUUCUUCUGUGAAAUUCCCCAGAUCCUCAAGAUUUCCUGCUCCAAACCCUAUAUCAGGGAACUGCUGCUCAUCACAGCUAGUGUGUGUUUAGGAUUUGGAUGUUUUGUAUUCAUGGUUUUCUCCUAUGUGCAGAUUUUCAGGGCUGUGCUGAGGAUCCCCUCUAAACAGGGACGGCACAAAGCCUUUUCCACAUGCCUCCCUCACCUGGCUGUGGUUUCCCUCUUCCUCAGCACUGCCAUGUUUGCCUACCUGAAGCCCCCCUCCAUGUCCUCCCCAUCCCUGGAUCUAACAGUGUCAGUUCUGUACUCAGUGGUGCCUCCAGUCCUGAACCCCCUCAUCUACAGCCUGAGAAACCAGGAGCUCAAGGCUGAAGUGUGGAGACUGAUGACUGGAUGCUUUCAGGAACAUUAA